AUGCAUGAUUUAAUGGAAGGAAUACAUAGAUAUUCAAUGGCAUUAAUAAUUAAAAUAGUUCCACCUGCUAUUAGCGCUAAUCAUUUAAAAAAUAAGUAUAUUAUAAUAUCUGCUUCUGAAAUGUUAAGUCUCGUAAGAAAUUUUGCUUUUGUAGUCGGAGAUCUUGUUGAUGAACAAAAUGAUAUUUGGAUGUACAAUAAUUUAUUGUUAGAAGUCACAGAAAUACUUACCUCGCAAAUUUUUUCAUCUGAACUAUUAGAAUACUUGGGAAAUUUGAUUCAACGACACAAUGAAACAUUUAUCUCGUUACUUAACGAAACUCUAAAGCCAAAGUUUCAUUUAUUAUUGCAUUAUCCAAGAAUUAUUGAAAAAAUUGGACCACCUAUUUUAGUGAGCUCGUUUAAAUAUGAAGCAAAACAUCGGGACGCUAAAAUCAUAUCUGGCACGAUAACUUGCCAAAUACAAUUACCCUUGUCAAUAGCUACCAGGUGUCAAUUGAAGUCUUGUUUUAGGUAUUCUAGUAAAAUUGGGCUCAAUGACAUCAUAAUGUCUAUGACCAUACGGUUUCAUUUAAGUUACUUCGACCUUGUGAUACACUAA